CUUUGUCGUAAACAGGAAGCAGCUGAUCUUGACUUCACUGCCUGCUCCUACCAAGUAAUGUAUACAGCUGUUAUUCUUACAGGCAAAUAGAAACCACAGUGUGAAGUUUCUUCAGUAUAAGUGGCCGUUCUGCUCCGUCUGGCUGAAGGAGAGGAAGAGGAAGAGGAAGAGCAGAGCUGCUGCGGACUCACACUAAAGUCAUCUGACUUUCAGCUCAGAGAAAUACUCUACAUCGUGCCUGUUGAGGGGGAUGUCAAGCACAGCAAUGAAGAAAAAGGUGUUACUGAUGGGAAAAAGUGGGUCUGGAAAGACCAGUAUGAGAUCAAUCAUCUUUGCCAAUUACAUAGCUCGAGACACACGCCGCCUUGGAGCUACAAUUGACGUGGAGCACUCCCAUGUACGGUUUCUUGGCAAUCUGGUUCUAAACCUGUGGGACUGUGGAGGACAGGACACAUUCAUGGAGAACUACUUCACCAGCCAGAGGGACAACAUUUUCAGAAAUGUAGAGGUGCUUAUUUAUGUAUUCGACGUUGAGAGCCGUGAGCUGGAGAAAGACAUGCACUACUACCAGUCGUGUCUGGAGGCCAUCCUGCAGAACUCCCCCGAUGCCAAAGUGUUCUGCCUCGUUCACAAAAUGGAUCUGGUGCAGGAAGACCAGAGAGAUUUGAUCUUUAAGGAGCGUGAAGAAGAUCUGAAGAGACUGUCCCGUCCUCUGGCUUGCACGUGCUUCCGGACGUCAAUCUGGGAUGAAACCCUGUAUAAGGCCUGGUCCAGCAUAGUGUACCAGCUCAUCCCAAACGUCCAGCAGCUGGAGACAAACCUGAGAAAUUUUGCGCAGAUCAUAGAGGCAGAUGAAGUUCUUCUGUUUGAAAGAGCCACUUUCCUGGUGAUCUCCCACUAUCAGUGCAAAGAGCAGCGUGACGCUCAUCGGUUUGAGAAGAUCAGUAACAUUAUCAAACAGUUCAAACUCAGCUGUAGUAAACUCGCGGCCUCUUUCCAAAGCAUGGAAGUGAGGAACUCCAACUUUGCCGCCUUCAUUGACGUCUUCACCUCCAACACAUAUGUCAUGGUCAUCAUGUCGGACCCCUCCAUUCCAUCUGCAGCCACUCUCAUCAAUAUCCGUAAUGCUAGGAAACAUUUUGAGAAGUUGGAGCGGGUGGAUGGACCCAAGCACAGCCUGCACAUGCGAAUGCGCUAGCCAGCGCCAUUGUCCCAGUGGAUACUCUCAGCCAAUCAGUCCACAGACAACAUGUUGCAGCUUCCCAGCUCCGAUGCAUAUGAGCAGCCCUGCACUGUUUCCUCUAUAUCUUCACAUUCAAUCACAGUUAUUACGGGAGAAAUCAUAUUUUCUUUUCCUCUACAGUGAUCAUAAGUAUCUUGAACAGCGAUACUUUCUGUUGAAAUAUUUGCCCUAACUUGACACAUUAAAGUAAAAUGAAUAGUUGUGUUUACUCUGAAGGGGGCUACUUUUGCUGGCACACUUUGUCUUAUACAGUAGAUUCAUUUCCUCCAUGCAGUGAGUCCCAGUGAUCGGGGGAUGUUGUCCCCAAAUGAUAAGCAGUAGAUACUGUUUGAUUUUCAAAUGCAGUUUGUAAGCUGUUACACUUUGAAAGUACGAACAAUAUAGUUAUAUUCAGAAAAAUAUAAUUUGUAAUGUGUUUUUUCUGCUUUUAUACGUCAGCAGCGCUCACUACUUGAUCAACAUUUACAAAAGGGUUAUAUUUACAGUAAAUAUGUGUAUAUAUGUAUAUAUUUGUACGUAUUUACUUCCUGUACAAACCAUCUUGCUCAGAGAUGGUUCAUGUUUCACUGCAGCGUCUCUGACCAUAAGGCAUUUUGACACUGCACCAGUUGUUCUGCACACAUGACAUAUAGUGGCAAAUGUUUGAUGUUUAGGCGGUAGGGGGUGUGUGUGUGUGUGUGUGUGUGUGUGUGUGUGUUUUUUGUGUAUUUGGGUGGAAGGGGGUACAUGACAGUUCAGUGCACCUGUUGCACGAGUUGCAUGGAGCAGACAGCAGUGCAUGUGCAGAUGGAGCAGCAUGUUUGAAUUACAAUCAGUUCAUUGCAUUGAAUUUAACAACAUGACAAACAGCUUGUUUUAAUUUCCUUCGUUAAUUUCCUAAACAUUCAUGAUUAUGGAUGAACACUGUGUGAUUAGAUUGAAGGUGGUUAAAGUUGAUUGUAAUGAGUUAAGAUUGAUACACCAGCCUGGGGAGUACCAGCUCACAAAAGUUAUACAUUCUCUGCCUACCAAAUCCCACUGAACACUUGGUUUCAACAUAAAGCGUCUUCCUCCAACAUAAA